AUGGACUCAUUCAGAAACCAGCCAAACCUGCCUAUAGACGUUUUAAAGAAACAGGUCAAAGCUAAGUGGAAUGUAGAUGCCCAUGAAGACAAUGUGGGCAGUUGUUUAAUUCUUAUGGUUGAGAGACCAAUGCCCGAGGUCCCAUGUAGGUUUCAGAGGUUAUAUGUAUCGUUCGCAGCAAUGAAGACAGGUUUCUUACAAGGGUGUAGACCUGUGAUAGGUGUAGAUGCAUGCUUCUCAAAGGGUAGGUACAAAGGCCAGUUAAUGACUGCUGUUGGGAGGGAUGCCAACAAUAGUAUGUAUCCACUGUCCAUUGUGGGCCUAGUACCAAGCCUUGAACAAGUUUGUCCCACAGCUGAGCAUCGUACAUGUGUGAGACACCUGUAUGCCAAUUUCAGAAGUGCCGGUCACAAGGGGCUAUUGCUAAAGGACUUGCUUUGGACUGCUGCAUCAUCUUAUACCCAGACAGAUUUCCAUUAUGCGAUGGAAGAGAUGAAGAAAGUAAGUGAGCCUGCUUAUGAUUACUUGGCAAAGAAUGAUCCCAGUACUUGGUGUAGGGGAUGCUUCAACACCAUGGCCAAGUCUGACCUGGUACACAACAAUUGUGUUGAGUGUUUCAACUCAUGGAUCCUGAAGUACCGUCAAUUGACAAUAAUGUCAAUGUUGGAAGGGAUUAGGAAUAAAUUAAUGAGGAGGUAUGUAAGGAAAAGGGAGUUGAUUGCUGCAAUGGAGGAUGGUAGUUUAGGGCCAAAAAUAAUGGCCAAGUUGGAGAAGGAAGAGGAUGGUGCCAGUCAUUGUUGGUGCACAUAUGCCGGCGAAGGCAUUUUUAAGGUCGAAUGUGAGGGCAAACGAGUUGCAGUCAGUGUGGAGGGCAGAACAUGUGGGUGUAGGAAAUGGGACGUCACUGGGAUACCAUGCAGUCAUGCCAUAUCAGCCAUCUUAUACCAUGGUGGCAACCCAAUAGAUUAUCUCAGUGACUAA